CCAAGUAUGGCUGACGCGGAUAAACAAAAUAUGAAGAAACACUCUUUUCACUUAUAGUGAAUUAUUGUUGCAUUGCGGAGAAUAAAACAUUGACAUUACAAUACUUGAGGCAAUAAAGAUGGAAGUUACAGAAGAACCUGAGCAAUUUACUCCCACUAAUGACUCAAUGGAGACUUACCAAGAUGAUAACACACCUGGUUGGACAAAGUCUAACAUUGAAGGAGAUGUAAACUUUGACACCCCUGGCACAGAAGAAGGAAUGUAUGAUGAUAUACCCGAGGAUGCGGAUGGCAUAUUCUCUUAUGAUAGUGAUCCCAAUGACAAUUUAGCCGACAGUGGCUCAGAUUGUGAAGUGUGUAACAACAAUAUAGAUGGCGACCAUCCUAAAACUCCAGAUCAGAAAUUCACACGCCAGGAACAGUUACGCAUGAUGCAUCUCCGUAAAUACCUUGAUCAGCUCACGGAGAAAGUACUCAAGAAAGAUUAUGCGGUUCAAAAAACUAGAGAUGAGCUGAAGAAAUGUCGAGAAAGGAUCCAAGAGCUGGAGGAGGAGAGAGACACUGUCUUUCAGGACAUGCAGAAUUCUGAAUCUGAGGAAAACACCUCAGCAGUAUACAGACUGAGAUCACAAUUUGACAGAGUCAUCAAGGAACUUGACUCAGAACAAGACCUUGAAGAAAAGAUCAAAGCCACCUUGGAAACAGAAGAGUAUGAGUUGUCCCAGGCUCAAGUUGAACAAGGCAAGUUUCUAUUGGAAGAUGACACUCUCCAGAAACAAGAAGUUCAUUGGGAGAGAGAGAGAACAGAUAUGGCCAUGCAACGCAACAAGAAGGAGACUGCAUUUGCUGUACAGGCAGAGAAGAAAAAGAAAUCGAGAGAAAGGGAACAUCAAGCUGCUCUUCGGGAAAGAGAGAGAAGACAUAGACAUGCUAUCAAUGAGGCAAGGAAGAGCAAAGAGAGAGCCAAUAAAUUCCUCAAGGAAACUAUGUCCAGGAUCAGACAACGUGACAAUGAGGAGGAAGAGCGACAGAAACAAGACAUGGAUCAACGCAUGAAGACAUUACUUUCUCUCAAACAGAAUAUAUCUUCUAACAGGGAGAACUUGAAAGCUAUUCAGGCGAGAGACAAGGCACUGGAGAGACAAGGAGAGCGUGAGUUACAGGCAGAAGCUGAGAGAGUGAGGGCUGAGGGAGGCAACCCGCAGGAGGUCCUUAUCAAACAUAAACGCAACAUUGAACUAGAGAAGGAGAAACAGUUUUUUGAUACUGCCCAGAGAGAGAGGCAGGUAGAAAUAGCAUCUAAGAUACUCAGAGAAGAGCAAAGGAUGAAGAAGAGAAAGGAGCAACAGCCACAGCUCUGGAAUGAUCCCAGGAGAGAGAAAACAAAGAGAGUGGCCCCUCAUAAGAAGAAAAAGCUGCAGAUCUUCCAAGAGAGUGGGUCAUCCUCCCUUGAAUACAGCGCUGAUGCUGAGGAAGAAGGGAGAUCAGCCCCUGAUGAGAUAGAUGCUCCCUCUAGUGAUGAAGGGGAGAACCGCCAGUCAACAUUUGACAGAACAAGUCGUGCUGAAAUUCAAGACUCUGAUGACUCUGAUGGUGGUGGGAUGGAGGACAAUAUUAACUUAGCCAAGCCUGAGUUUGAAGGCAUGUGGGACCAACAUAAACCAUACACUGUUCCUAAAGACAUUGAUGGACAAGGGGACCAGUUCACUGGACUAUCAAAGAUGGAAAAGGACAUCAUGAGCCGCCAGUUUGAGAAACAAAAAGCCAGUGUUGUAACUAAGCAAGUAGCUGGGGGCAAAGAGUUCAAGGGGGUUGCCUUCUACAGUAAGCCUGAUGUCAUUCAUUUCAAGGACUUUGAUGUUGGUAAAACAUAUAAGAAAAAGGUGAUUCUGACGAAUGUCUCCUACACUGUGAACUACUGCAAGCUUUUGGGUAUUACUGAACACCUCAAAGACUUCAUUGAAAUAGUAUUUGACCCCCCAGGCCAAAUGUCAGCUGGAUUAACUUGUGAGAUGCUUGUCACCUUCAAGCCAAUGAUCAAUGAAGAUUUAGAGGGCACAGUGGACUUCCUGGCUCAGACUGGACCUUUUGCCAUUCCACUUGUUUGCACUACUAAGAAAUGUGAUUUGUCCGUGGACACAAAUCUUGUUGACUUUGGUACAACUGUGAUAGGUGAGACAAUGAAACAAACCAUUACACUGACCAACAAUGGGGCGCUGACAACAGGCUUUGAAUUCAUCAAGUUAACAGGGAUGAAGCCAAGGACUCUCACAUCUGCGGCAACAUCAUUGGGGAGAUUGACUACUGCAGAGACCAGUGAAGGUGAACCAGAGGAGCAGCCUCCCAAAUCACAAGGCAAAGGCUCUAAGAAAAAGUUGGAGACUAAGAAGAAACGAGAAGAUGAGGAAGAUGAGAAAGUGCCUGAGAACCUAUCACAAGCGUUGCCCACAACAAUCCCCAGUGAGAACCAGACCCAAGCUGCAUCCUUGAUGACUGACAACCGUGAGCUGACAGGCUCUAAGGACACAUUGACCACAGAGGUGACUACUAGCAAGUUCCAGAGCAUGGAGAGCCUCACCUCUACUGGGAUUGAGGCAGCUGCAGCUGCUGUUCCUGAGCUACCUAGAGUUGAUGAGAUUCCAAGUGCUCUGGAGAGACCUGUAACAGAAGAGGAUGAAUAUGCGACUCUUGAUGGAAUGAAAAUUGGAAAGUUGUUCAGUGGUGAAGUGAAGCCAUUCUCAUCUGUGAAACUAGAGAUAAUCUGGCAACCCCUAGUGCCUCAGGCCAGUAAGGUGGAUUUCCUCAUAACAUUUACAGAUCAGGAAUCAGAUGAUAUCCCAAUCCAAGCAGUAAGCAAUGCUAUUGAUGUACCAGUGUGGGUGGAGAGACAGAAUGUUGACCUAAAAAUCUGCAUGUUUGACAGACUCUACCAGGACACAAUUGUUGUGAAUAACAGGGCAACCACUGCUCUGAAGCUGACAUUUGAAGUAUGUAAGGAACUGAGGAACCAUCUUGAGCUCCUUCCCAAGACUGGUUACAUACAGGCACAGUCUCAGUUCUCUGCUCAGUUAAAGUUCUGGCCAAGACACAGCCUGUUUGAGGACGGAGGGAAGUACUUUGACAAGGAAACUGGGGUCCUUGAGGCUCCUAUGACUAUUCGUGUAGCAGGACAGACCAGGCCAGUCCCCUUUGUUGUCCAUGCUGUAGUCACUAACACAGACCUACAGUUUGACACUACUGACAUUGACUUCGGCCACUCUACUAUCUAUGAGUCUGUGAAACACACUGUGAAGCUCACAAAUCAUUCCAUCUUAGCCCAGCAGUUUGGGUUUGUGGGGCUCCCGCAGUAUGUGGAUGUGCAGCCUAAUGAUGGCUUUGGGACUCUGUUACCCUUAGAAACCAUUGAGCUGGAUAUUAUAUUCAGUCCAAGCAAGGCCAGAGACUACAACUUUGAACUCACCUGCAAAUCUCUUAUCAACAGAGAAUUCAAGAUCCAGUGUAAAGGUGUUGGAGUUCACCCACCACUGGAGCUCUCCCAGCAAGUAGUUCACUUCAAAGCUACUGCUCUGAAUGACGUCUCUACAACAUCGCUACAUGUCAUCAACUCUCAUACCAGUAUGAACGAGUUCACACAUCCUGUACCUCGCAUUGGCAAAGGUGAAAUUGCUCCAGUGGGUCCCACAUCUUAUGAAUUUAUGAUACCUGACGGUGCACCCCUCACUAUUUCCCCCUCCGUGGGGACCAUUGAGCCCGGACAGAAACAUCGCAUCCAGAUAAGGUUCUCGCCAAAGCUACAAAAAGGGGAUAUCAAGAAAGAGACUGUGCGAAUGCAAACAAAGGCGGCAGAGAACCAGGCACGUAAGGAAUACGACCUUCAGAUGAAGAGAGAGAAGGCUGCAGCUGCCGAGGCCAACAAUGCUACUGAGUCUGCAAAAGGCGGUAAGGGAGGCAAGAAAGAUGGUAAGAAGGACAAAGGGAAGGCAUCUCCUGUAAAGACCCCCAAACAAGGAGUUGUGCAUCGCAAUGAGAAUGGGAUGAACUUAGGUAUGGCGGGACCCAAACCUGUCAGUGUGCAAGAUGAGGAGGCCAUUGAUCCUAAUUCUGAUGGCUACGCUUCUGCUCAUGGUUCUCUGCUACGCACAUGGAAGCCUCAUUUCAAGACUUUCGUCAUACCUUGUUACGUGGCAUCUGGUAAAUGUGCCAACCCUGGAGAGCUACCGUACAGCGUACAUGAUACAUUGUACCUGGAAGUCCAUUGUCCUAUAGUGAAGCCAGACUUGGUUGUGAUAUCUGACAGUGGACGCACAACUACAGAUUAUGGCUCAGUGUCUAUAGGACAAACAGUGAACAAGUCAAUCACAAUACAGAACAUCUCCAACAAAACACUUGAUUUGGCCUCGUCUGUCUUAAAUACAUCAGGACCAUUCUUGAUGUUGAACUCGUUGCGCAUGCUUCCUCCUGAUGAGACUCACACAAUCAUCAUUUCUUUUGUACCAACUUCUGGACAAACAUUCUAUGAGGUGCUGGAGAUCCAAGCCCCUGAGUCUACCUUGUUUAUCACUCUUAUGGGGAAGGGUAUCAGUCCCAUAGUGAAUCUGUCGAUCUCCAACAAUGAAUUGGACAUGGGACACAUCCUCGAGAAGGAGUACUGUGAACAGACAUUCAAGAUUGAAAACACCUCCACGCUGUCAAUAGAGUACUGUAUAAAACUGGACAGUAAUUCACUAUUGCGGCAUAGUCGAGCUCAAGCCCUCCCACAGUUUAUUAAGGUCAAAGAUAAGAAGAGUAUGUCAUUGGUUGGUACACAGAAUAACAAUGGUCAGAGUGUGUUCGACUGUGUACCUGCAAGUGGAACUAUACCUGGGGGUGGGAAAACCGAGAUUGUAGUAACAUUUGCACCUGACCACUCCAGUGAACACUACUCUGAUGGUGCACGAAUAGAACUAUUUCAACAGGAAGAAGCCCAUGUAUUCCAAAUUAAGGGUGUUGCAAAACCUCAUAUAAUGUAUGUCACUGGUGGGGACCCUCUUACACCUGAUAUAGAAUCUCUAGCUGUAUUACCAGUUACAGACCAUGAUGAUGAAGAUUCAAAAGUGAUGCCCCAGUGUGUGCUGGUUAAUGUAUUCAGCAUUUCCCGCGAUCAAGCCUUUGAACCCGGAGAGGCUGAGUUCUUAAUUGGUUGCGUUAGAACAAUGGCUGUCAGCCAGAAAAAGAAUGGUGAAUUCCAGUUUGAAAACACCAAAGAAAUUGAAUUAAAGGGGUUCACUAUAGAUCCUGUUAAGGGUCAAGUUGAAGCGGGUCAGCAGAAGCCUAUUAAGGUCACCUGGACUCCCACUCAGGGUUAUGAUCCCAAUAACCCAGCUGAGGCGAAUAUUCUAGUGACAGUGCGCGGAGACAUAGUAGAACAGUACAAUAUUAUGCUACGGGGAUAUGCCUCUUCAGGUUAAAAUACAAAAGUGACAUCUAUAGACUUGAGUACACUCUACUUCCAGUCAUGAUAUAUGAAUCCUUCAAUGCAGUGAAGUGUCAUGCUGGGGCGGCACUGUUAUAAACUACUACAAUUAUAAAAUGACAGUGACAUCUUUCUGAACUUUUUCUGAAUGAACGUGAUACCUAUACUAAAAAAUUAUGGUCCCAGAAAUCCUGUCUGUAUGAAUUGUCUCCCGAAGGCCACUUUCAUUACCCAGAAGAUAAUACCAAGAAAUAGCAACCUUUACCCAGAAUGCAAACUGUUCGAGCCAUAAGAAAGGAAAAUAAAAUCAAUAUUGUUCAACCAUACCUGAAUCAUUAUAAAGAACAAGAUUAUUUCCAAAAAAGCAUUUUUUCAUUAAGGGAAAUUUUUAUAAUCUGACAAAUGAUAGCAAAAUGAAAUUACUGAAUAAGAAAAACACAUACUUAAUGAGGUAAUAUUGAUAGAUUUCUAAGUUAGUAUAUGUCUGAUAUGUCAGUUAUAGUGGGGUAGAUGCUGAAUUUGAAAUCAAAUAAGAACUUAAAGAACGAGUUUCAAUUCAAAUACCAUCAAAAUCUACCAAAAUCCGUCCAGUUUUAUGGUUUAUUUUUAGUUAUUUUACAUAUGAGUAUUAAAUCACUGUUUAUAUUUUAUCCGUCCAUAAAUUGUUUACCCAUGAUGUAUUAAACUGUAUCCAAUUUACACUUGUUGAUAAUAUGUACAUGUUUACAAAAUGUAUUCUUUUUAAAACUGUUUCCACAACUAAAAAUAUGUUAAUG